GCAGCCCCUACACACAUUUAGGGAUGAUGCGAAACCCUUCAAAUUCAUCACAUAAGGAUUUCAAUCGGCCAAAGUAUUGCGUGACACAUCUUUGACCAUUCUGCCUGCAAGGUUCCGCCACUUCAAAUCGACCCUUAAUAUGGAAUUGAAGAGCCGUAGCAAGAGACGAUCGCUACAUAAGGUCCUGUUCAUCGCCAAAGCUCCAAUUGCAGCACCAGCGUGCGAACGCAUCGGCGGCUAUGGGGGACGAAACAGCACCCAGGUUGGAUCCAGUUUCACGUGGCCCAGCGGCAGGAGGCAGUCUGCCGGCAGCUGUGACUCGCGGUGAAGGGGGGGCAGUACGCGCACAUGCGGUGACCUCUCUGGAUUUACCUCAUACGACCACGCCGGAGUCUUCCCGUUCUGGCGGCGGCAAUUAUAACCAGCUUAAAGAAUUGACAGGGGAACAGGUUCAGGCAUUUUUACACACGAUUAAUGCAGAAACUCAUUCCACUUUUCACAUGUCGGGUAAGCAUUGUACUCUUGACUGGACAAUUGAUACCGGGGCUUCCCGACAUGUAACGGGUGAUUUGAGCCGCCUUACUGAUGUUGUCAGCAUUCGUGACUGUUCGGUGGGCCUGCCCGAUGGGCGCACAGUGUACGCUACUUUGGAAGGCCGUGUGGUUUUAUCUAAUGACUUGGCUCUUGAUCAUGUUCUCUAUGUUCCCAAAUUAAAUUGUCAUCUUAUUUCAAUUUCUCAGUUGACUGAUCAAUCAGCAUGCCUUGUUACUUUCACUAAUUCUCUGUGUGCUAUACAGGACCUACACUCGAGGAGCCUGAUUGGAGCUGGUGAGAGACGGGAUGGGUUGUUUUACUUCCGACGUGUACCUGCAUUGCAUGCUGUGCGAGUGACUGGUAUUCCGGAAUUUGAGUUGUGGCAUCGGCGGUUGGGCCAUCCAUCAGACCGGGUUCUUAAAUUAUUGCCUGCUAUCAGUUCUAGUAGUUUUAAAUAAUCUUUGAAUAAAGCUUGUGUUGUCUGUCCGCAAGCCAAACAAGUGCGUGAUUC